AUGGAAAGAAUAGAUAGUCUCUUCAGUGAAAUCAGAGAUGUUGACGAGUGCUAUGCAAGGUACCAAUCCUUCAGAGAUGAAAAAAAUAAGCUGGAAAAGGAGCUGGGACGGAUAGAGGAAGAGAUAAAAAGGGUCGACUCUGUAAGCUUAGAAAGAGAAAUAAAAAAGACCACCAAUGAAUACCAAAGUGUUCUUGAGGAUAUCGAGGUUCUUUCCUUGAAUUCUAAGGAAUGUAGAACUAUAGAAGACCUAGAAAUGGUUUUUUCUAAGAUCUUAGAUAUGGAUGUGCUGCUGAAGAAGUCAUUAGAGUUUCUCAAGCAUUCAGCUACCAUCAGGUACCUAGACCAAGAAAGUGAAGGAAAAAUUAAAGGACAAGAAGAUGAACAUGAGAAUAGGUUUGCUUGGUUUGAAAUAAGCAAAGAUGUAGAAAUGCUUUUCGAGCUUUCUGCAAAGUAUGCCAGAAUACAAGAAAGAUGCUACCUUUCAUUCAAAUUGAUGGUGUGCGAGAAUAUCCAGGACUUGAUUCCUGUAGACAUAAAGAUUUUUCAAGAUGAUCGGUCAUUGUUCUUUGCAUCCGAGAGAAAUCGUGAUGAACUCUCUGCCUGCAUACUUGGUGAGAAGGCUGUGAUGGAUCUGAAAGAAAUCUUGGAGUACAAAAUGAUGUCACACGCAAUAUUCGAAGUCUUGAGAGAUAAUCUGAGAAAGAGGGUUGUGGAAAAGGGCCUUUCUGAUGAAGAGGUAGAAAGGAAUAACCUCUUCUUCAAGGACACUGAGUUUUAUGUGCAUAAUGUGCCUGAGUGGAAGCUUGAUGUUGUGAUGAAGGAGAUAAUUGAGAUGACGAAGGGUCCCAGAAGUAUGGAUGCAGUUGAAAUCUUUGAGGCGUCUGAUAGGAUGCCAAGAUCCGUUUCCGCCAGUUACAAAAGAUUUCAAGGAUGCUUUGAGGUGUUUAGAAAACUAAAGUCGAAAAGACAUGAGAAAGGAGCAAAGGUCAUCAACAGGGCAAUAACAAAGCUAUUUGAUCCAAAGAGGCACGAGCCAUCUGUAUAUAGCUAUUUUGUUGAGUUUGCGGACAUAACACACUUCCUCCGAACCUAUCCUGGGCAUCCUCUUACUGACGAGCUUUCCAAAAGAAAGGAAGAGCUGUUUUUUGAUAUUGUUAAGGAGUCUUCGCGAGUCAGCGUAGACCUGAGUGAACCCUUGGUGACUCUCAAGCUGUAUUUCAAGGAGAAGCAUGUGGAGUUUGUUGACAAUAUGAGAUUAUUUGUGCCUUUAAUUAAUAGAAGUUUAUUUGAGAUCCAAUUUUUUGAGAUACUUGAUGAAGGUUUGAUGGAAAGAAUUUUGGGACUAAGAAUGGCGAAAAAAAGCACUAUUAAGAAUAUCGUUUUGUUAAUUGAUUAUGUUCUUGAUCUAUCGUUCCAUCUUCCUAUGGAGGCGAUAGGAAACAAAGAAAAGCUUAGGUCUUACAAGCAGGUUCUAUCUUUGGAUAAGGAGAGCUUGGUUAAAGAUUACAGAAAUGGCAAGCUUUGCAUUUCCGAUGAGGAGUUUAUCUCUCUUUGCUCGCUAGCCUUCAGAGAUCUUGAAGAUAAAGCAUUUCUGCUAGGUAAAACGUCAGGCUAA